AUGAGGAUGAGGAUGGAGGGCGGGGAGGAGAAGCAGGGCGCCAUGGGGCUAUGCUGCACCUGGGACAUCCCACCAUCUGCUGGCACCCAGGCCAAGUGGGUGAGGCUUAACGUUGGGGGCACCGUCUUCCUCACCACCAGGCAGACCUUGUGUCGGGAGCAGAAAUCUUUCCUGUGUCGCUUGUGCCAGGGCGAGGAGCUGCAGUCGGACCGGGAUGAGACUGGUGCAUACCUAAUAGACCGGGACCCCACUUACUUUGGACCCAUCCUGAAUUUCCUCCGUCAUGGGAAGCUAGUCCUGGAUAAAGAUAUGGCUGAAGAAGGGGUCCUAGAAGAAGCUGAGUUCUAUAACAUUGGUCCUUUAAUCCGAAUAAUCAAGGAUCGACUGGAGGAGAAGGACUACACAGUAACUCAGGUGCCUCCUAAGCAUGUCUACCGUGUGCUGCAGUGCCAGGAAGAGGAGCUGACUCAGAUGGUUUCCACUAUGUCGGAUGGAUGGCGCUUUGAGCAGCUUGUGAACAUUGGCUCAUCCUAUAACUACGGGAAUGAGGAUCAGACUGAGUUCCUGUGUGUGGUCUCCAAAGAGCUGUACAACUCCCCCAAUGGCCUGAGCUCUGAGCCCAGCCACAAAGCCAAGAGCACAGAGAAGGACCUGGAGGAGGAAGAGCAGGAGGUGGAGGAGGAGGCAGAGGCAGAAGCAGAAGCAGAGGAGAAAGCUGUUACAAGCCAGAAGUCUGAGGAUGGUGAGGAGGAGACAGGUGUACUGCCCGGGUACUGGGAACACGCUGGCACCUGA